AUGGCCGAAGCCGAGGCGGAAGGCUCAGCAGCGCCCGCUGCUUUUGGCCCUGCGGCCGGGGCAGGCUUACUGGGGUUGAUGCCGAAGGGCGAGGGCUGCUGCCUUGCCGGCCUGGACCGCACCUGCGCCAUGGGCUGGCUGCUGGAGGUCUUCCUCGGAGUCCAUGCGAUACGUCAGGGGCUGGUGCCGGCGCAUCUGCCGGCCUGUGAGGCUGAAGUGCUGCUGGGCGCCCACGUCGUGCAUGCCGUUCAAUGUCUGGAUGUCCACGGCGCUGGAUUGGUCGCUAUCCGCUAUCUCGGCGGCCGUCGCCAAGGCGCCUCCUGCCGCCACAGCUUUUCUUGCUGCGGCCACCGCUUCUGCGCCCGAAGCCGCCGCGACGUGCAAUACUUCCCGAGCUCCCUCAGCACUUUCACCCCGACCACCAGCCGAGUGGCCAGGAUCCCCCUGACCAGCGGCAACGACUGGAUCGAUCCCGAAAGCCUAAAAUUAGCCUUCAAGGGUGCGGAACACCGACGGCGGCGGCGGGCAUGGUCUACCCCUCGAGGGAAGCUGCUUCAUCAAGAGUGGUACAAUGGCCGCGCCUACGAGGGCUUCUAUCCCACGAACCUGGGGAACCAGCCCGCCAUCCUGGUGACCUUCAAGGUGCUCCUGUCCGGCCGCAGCCUCGUCUUCUCUUACCCGACUAUGCACACACAGGUCUCCUCCAUCCCCGCCGGCAGCGCGCAGCACAACGUGACGGUGGCGAGGGCCUACACCAAGCUCAUGGGUGCUUUCGUCACUUUCAGGGACGACGACGACGCCCUGGGCGAGGUCAUGAACCUGGAGUACCCCGCGAUCAACGGGCAGUUGGAGUCGCAGAUGCAGUUGGGGGCGUUGCAGUACCCCCGGUACCCCAUGGCCAGCCUUGCGGAACACCACCACUUCCUGGAGAUCAUGGCCGGCACCUACGACUCCAAGAUCAAGAACAUGCGCCUGAACCGCCUGGAGUACGAGGACACUCAGUUCAUCGCCGCCUUCCCGGUGGAACGC